AUACUCAUAGAGCAAUUAGCAUGGACGUCGAUAACUUGGUAACUGCAGUACAAAAUCUGUAUACCUCGAAAAAAUGGAAGAAAAUUUUAAAAUUAAACAAAAAUUCGAAUGAACAAAGUGCAUUGAAAUUAUUGUGGGUGUGGCCCGACGAAAGUAAUUUAUUCUUCAUCAAAAGGACUAUCGUGGAUUUUGGUUGCAGAGGAAUUUCUUCGAUCGGUUGUGGCUGUGGAUUGUUGGAAUGGAUCAUUAACGAAUCAACCGGUGUUCCGGUUGUGGGAUACGAAAUAAACAAAGAAUGGUGGGAAAGUAAGUACUCUAAUCCGAAAUUUAUCAAACUGAAUUAUGUAGAAGAUAAUGAGGUAUCGUUAAACCCGGCAUAUGCAUUGCUCUUUUGCUAUUUCAACGAUAAACACGCUUUUCAACAGUAUGUAAGAAAUUACAAAGGUGACUUAGUGCUCAUAAUAGGACCGGGAAAAGGUAGUUUAAAACACACCGAGCCUGAACCUUUUAAUGCAGACUUUGGUUGCACCAAAAGCAAAUGGAUUUUGUAUAACAGCGAAGAGGUGAAGAACACUAAUGAUUUUAUCGCUGUGUAUGUAAGAGAUAAUUCCAAUUACGAUUGUAUAAAUUAA